UCCAUGAGCUACAGCUGAAAUCGCUCAAUCAGCUGUUGGACAUUUUAUAAUAUCUAAAUCUUUAUUUUUCCUGUAAAGGAUGGAGAACAACAGGGAUGAAGACUCUUCUACAGUCAAUGUCAACAAUGGCAAACGUCCUCUUAAUACUGAAGAAGUGGAAUCAUCAGCACUCCGGCUCUCUUCUCUGUUGUUGCUGUGUUUGGGGUUGCUUUGUGUCAUACUGACUGCAAACAUCGUCUACAUGAGUUUCACGACGACCACUCAGCAGGAAAAUAUCACAAGCCUUGCAACAGAAAAAAAGCAGCUGAUUAAGGAACGAAAAAUUAUGGAGAAAAAGAUUGAGGAGGUGAUCCGAGACAGACACUUGAGCCAAGUAAGAGCGAGGCUUACCCGAGAGAGGCUUACUCAAGACAGAGAGAAGCUGAGCAAUAAGAUAGAGGAGCUUAACAAAGAGAGAGACGAGCUGAGCGAAGAGAAAGAGGAGGUGAACAAACAGAAAGAGGAGCUGAGCCGAGAAAGAAACAAGCUGAAGUAUAAGACAGAGAAGCUGAAAGAAGAGAGAGAGGAUGUGAGUAAAAAGAAAGAGGAACUGAGCAAAGCGAAAGAGGAGCUGAGCAAAAAGAAAGAAGAGCUGAGCAAAGAGAAAGAUAAGCUGAGCAAAGAUAGAAAGGAGUUGAGUAAAGAGAAAGAGGAGCUGAGAAAAAAUACAAACGAGCCAAGCAAAGGGAAUGAGGAUCUCAGAAAAGAGAAAGAGAAACUGAGCAAAGAGAAAAAGGAGCUGACAAAAGAGAAAGAUGAGCUGAAUAAAAACAAAGGUGAGCUGAGCAAAGAUAAAGAAAAACUAAGCAAAGACAAAAAAGAACUGAGCAAA